CACACACACACACACGCCGGAGAAGAUGUCUAAGUUCGAUUAUCCGAGACUUCCCCGCAGGGAGAUCAUCGGAGUACUAGCGGAAUCCCAAAUUGCCUCCGUGUCCGAUGCCGAUCUCCUUAACCCUAGCCCUGACUUCACCUCCAAUCUCUAUACACAAAUACUCAUCCACAUCGGAUGUCUUCAGGAAGAUUACGGGCUAGUCGAAUUUGCAGACCUAGAGCAACUUGAGAACCCGGACUUACAUGUUGAUUCGGUCAGAAUGAUGAAUUUGUUUAAGAAGAUAAAGGAAGUCAUUUCUGCUCUUGAUUGCCCUAAGAAGUUCACUUUGAAAGAUCUCAUUAAGCCUGAAGCCGAUCGCACUGAGUUGUUUCUUAGUGCCGUCCUCAACUUUUGCCUUCACAAAGACACAAGAAUGAAUCUAUUAAGACCGGCCGUGGAAGAUUUGACACUUCUUGAUGAGCAACGACAAGAGCUCGAGGCUAGAAUAUUACAGUUGAACACAGACAUAUCAGAGUUUAAUGAAUCAAGAGAAAGGGAGAUGCCUCUAAUUCAAGAAGUUGACACAAAAAUUAAAGAGCUGCGCCAGUCCAUUUCAGCUCUUAACAAUCACCAAAUGUCCCUGAAGAGUACAUUUAGAAAAAAGAAGGAUGCAGCUAAGGAAAUGGAUGAGAAGAUUUCUAGUGCUGAGUUUGCUUUGGUACAAAGUGCUCAAGAAAAUGCCAGCCUGCGUUCCAAAAUUGUUCAAUCUCCAGAUAAACUACAGAGGGCACUGGAGGAGAAGAAAGCAGUUCAAGUUGAGGCAAAGGAUGCAGAAAGAGUGGCAAUGCAGUCAUUUCAUAAAAAAACUGCCAUCCUUGAAGUAUACACAAAGGCUAGCAAGAAAAUGACCAAGCAUUUAAAGCAGAUGCAGACGUUACAAGAACAGAUGAACUCCGGGAAACAGGUUGAGAAAGAUGUGAAGGUUCUGAAAGUUAAGAACAGUGAUGAUGGGGUGUUGGACAAAUCACUUGAAGUAAAAUUACAUGAACAACAAGGCAGAGCGGACCAAUUAGAGGAAUUACUAAAACAGUUGGAAAAAGAAAGAGAUCUCAAGUGUGAAGAGGCCUCAAAAGAACUAAACAAUGUGAGAUCACAAGUUGAAUAUAAUAGCCAUGGUCUGGAACAAAGGCAAAGGAACGUAGAAGCUCUGGUUGCGGAGGGAGCUGCUAUAAAUGAGAAGAUCAAUAUGGAGAAAGAAUCAGCAGCAGCUACACAGCAAAUAUUACAGCGAAAAUCUGAAGAGGUUGCUAAAGAGUUUUUCCAGUAUUCGAAUUCAGCUGGGCAGGUGCUUUCUCGGAUUGAGGCAGGAGCAGGAGCAGAAGCAACGCAAAUUGUCUAUGUUACUAUGUAUUGAUCUCUUAAUGUUGGAAAUCGAGUUACAUCUUGUAGCUUAAUGAAAUUGGUUGCAACAACUUUGGAUUAUUGGAAAUGAGCAUUUGGAGUGAAGUAAACACAUCAAGAUGUAAUGAAUUUUGGUCAAGUUCUUAUCAAGUAUAACAGUUUUUCUUAAUUAAUGUAACAAGCUUUCAUUUCCC